CAUGCUAAGUAUCGGGCUGUAAGCAUGGGCCUGCCACGUACUUCAGCCCGACAUUAAAAUCAAUUCAAACACACGAGCUCAGAUUCACUGAGGCACACAUGAAGGAAGAAGGAACCAUUUUUCCGAGAAAGUGAGAGAAUCAAGUGAAAAAAGAAAAUGAAAAAGAAAAAUGGGGAUAGCAGCAGCAAUAGGAGUGCUUUCACCCUUCCCAUUCUACCAUUGGUUGUGGAGUUACCCACAAAUAUGGGUAGAGCUGUGUGGGAAAGGGCGUGACCCGUGCAAAGUGAUGGCCUAUGUGGCUCCUUUCCUGAAGCUGAUUCAGUUCCUCUCUCUUUUCUCAGUCUCUACCUUCUCUUGGCCUCCCCCUCUUUACUUCUGUCCCCUCAUUGCCUUUGGCCAGUUCCUCAACUUCAGGGUCUAUCAGUUGCUCGGUGAAUCUGGUACGUAUUAUGGAGUACGUUUUGGGAAGAACAUUCCCUGGGUGACAAAAUUUUCAUUUGGGUACAUAAAAGAUCCUCAGUAUGUGGGGAGCAUUUUGAGUGUUUCUGCAUGCGUGUCGUAUGUACCAUUUCAAUACAUUUUGUUGUGGAUGUUGGGAUAUGUUGCAAUGAUAUAUGUGGAGUCAAAGGAAGAUCCUUCAACUCGUUCAAAACCACUCUCAUAAUUCAGCAUUUGAAUUAGACCAGAGAGUCGGAAUCAGUCAAGAUUGGAACAUCAAAUAUUCUUCAAUUGAGAUUACAGUAGA